AUGUCCCGUGGCGGUCAGAUUAUGCUCCCAGAAGAACAGAUGAAGCAGUUUUAUAAGCUUCGUGCUGAAGAAGCAAGACUUGAGGAAAAUCUUGGCAAGUUUACUGCUCAAUUAGGUCGCGAACUUCAAACACGUCGCACAAAGUAUAUUACUAGACAUGAAGUAGCAAAAUUAAAUCCAUCCACACCAGUUUAUCUUUCAGUUGGUAAAGCAUUUGUUCUCGAUAAUGUUCCAAAUACAUUAGCCACACUUCGUGCGGAUCUCGCCAAACAAGAUAAAUCUAUCCUUACAAUUAAGAAGGCUGGUAUUCAUAUUGCUGAUCAGCAAACCCAGAUUAAACUUCAAAUUGAAGAACUUGUUAAGCCAUAUCUUCCGAAAUAA